AAACUGACGCAAUGUAGCCCAGGCCCGCUUUUAAGGAGCCAGGCCUGAGCAGAGGCCCUCAGAGAGCUGAGUCCCAGCCGUGAGACGUGCGUCCUUGGUCCACGGAGCAGGAGUGGCCCAGCAGCAGCCGCGCAAGGACCCACUGAAGAGGGACCUCACCCUCCAUUCUGACUAUUCCCCCCAAGAGACAUGGCCCCAGCCAGAGCAAGAUUCUGCCCCCUGGUGCUGCUCCUGCUGCUGGGCCUGUGGGUGGCUGAGGUCCCGGUCAGCGCCAAGCCCAAACACAUGACCUCAGCUCAGUGGUUUGAAAUUCAGCACGUGCAGCCCAGCCCAAAGGCAUGCAAAGGGGCGAUGAGCAACAUCAACAAACACACAAAUCACUGCAAAGGCCUCAACACCUUCCUGCACGAAUCCUUCUCCAGUGUGGCCGCCACCUGCCAGAACCCCGACAUAGCCUGCAAGAACGGCCAGAAAAACUGCCACCAGAGCAAGGGGCCUGUGUCCCUGACCACAUGUGCGCUCACCUCGGGGAAGUACCCAAACUGCAAUUACAAAGAGAACGCACUGCACGCUUCUUACAUCAUAGCCUGUAACCCUCCUCAGAAAGGGGACGCGGAAAAAGUCCACCUGGUUCCUGUGCACUUGGACAAAGUCGUUUAGCUUUCCAGCCUUUCUCACUCAGGGUUCCCUUUCCUCUCCAGACCUCUGUGCUGCUGCUCCUAUGCCCAGAAGCUUCUCUUCCUUUUGUUUCUUGGGGCCUCUCCCAGCUCAGGCUUUUCUGAGGGGCAGCUUGGUGGGCUAAACUCCAGAAGAGACGGUCUUCUAUCUUUCUGUUGCUGUAUUCCCAGAAACUUAUCCCAAGAGAGAAGCUGAGCACGCUGAGGGGAGGGGUUCCCUGGCCUGUGCCUGUGCAUUUCUCUGCCCUGUCUAUCAUGCAGCAUGACAAGAGGGGUGUGGGAUUUAUGGACAGAGCUGUUCUGGUUCCCAAGACAAAUGUCGUAGUAUUUCAUGUUUUUCAUGGAGCAGCCACAAGAGUCCCUUGUGACAUAGGCUUGAUGAUUUGCUUUCUUUAGGGAUGAGGAAAUUGAGAUUUCAGAAAGCUUGGUUAAUUAAAGAGCUUGUGAAAUUGGCUAGUAGCAGCACCUGGACUUGAACCUAAGCCUCCUCCUCUCCGUACAGUGCACUUUCUACUUUACCAUUGGGCACAAAAAGGAGACGUUGGCAGCGACAAGAGAACUAGGUAAGAGUUCACCCAUGAAGAAAUGUACCCUGAGAGCUCUGGAGAGCCAAUUGCUCUGUGUUGACCGCAAUAAAGGUCAUUACCUCUCUAGCCAAGAGACUGUUUAGGAGGUACUCCAGGAUCUCAAUUCAUUCUUUCUGCCUCUCUAAUUGUCCUCCCCCUUCUCCAGCCCAUAGCUUUUCCCACCUGGUCCCUGGGCUGUCUCUGGCUAGACACCCUCCUCCUGAAGGUGUAAAGUGAGGGAGUACCCCAACUUCACCCCCCUGCUCUAGGUCACAUUUCCCUUGACCUCAAGGGACUUCCGUGGCCCAGAGCCUACUUAUCACAAACAGGCUGGUGAGAGCUGCCAGAGCUUCCUUCCUCCUGAUAAUCAUCUCUCAUGCCUCGGUGCUUCCCUGGCUCUCCACUCUGGCAGUCAGCCCAGGCCGUUGAGGUUGAGAUAUGGAAAUGCCACCUCCCUCUCCCCCUGGGCUGCAGACAUCAUUUCUCCCUCCCGGUGAGCAGAGCUGGAGAGGCUAUGGCUUUAUGUUGCCUGGUCCUGAUAGUCUCUCCCACAUGGCCUGCAGCCCCUUCUCUCUCCUUUUAUCUCAAUGUCAGACCAAUGGCACCAUGCCUUUACCUGCCCACCCUGCUUCAGCACCCAGCUGAGUGUUAGAUCUUCCCUCCCCAGCUGGGGAGUCUCCCCUCUACCGAAUCCUCCUAACAAGUAUAGUGCUCCUUUACCUCUUACCAGAGUUAGAGGAAGCUUUGGAGCCAGAUGGAACUGGGUGUAAAUCUGGGGUCAGCCGCUCAUGGCUACAGACCUCGAGCCAGCUCGACCCUUUCUGCAGCUGUGUUCCCACAGAGCAAAAUGGGAGUAAUAUCACCUACCGAAUAGGUUGCAGUGAGAUUUAAAAAUGACACAGGAGUCAGCUAGAAGAUGAGUCUGUUAGGUGGGCUGGGUGGUUUGAGACCAUGAGGAGAGAAGGUAGGGAAGGGAUGAUCAACAGAAAGGAGGAAAAAAAAAAUUGAACAACUCAAGCUGAGUGUGGGGCCAUUAAGUCUUGAAAGUAGAGAUGCACUAAAUAUACCACAGAGGGUUGAAUGAGAUAUACAUUGUGGUCAAAUGGCUAAGUGUAAAAUCUAUACAUCCUAUAGAGACUAUACUGUACAUUUAUCAGUUUAACUAGAUUUUCAACUGAGGUGCAAGAUAUUUGGGGGUAGCUGAUUUUCUCUUCACUUUCUUCUUCUUUCACAACUCUUCAUAUAUUCUUUACUGAUGAUUUUCCAUAUGGAUAUUAUGGUUUUGAAGACAUCGUCAUCACAAAAUUUUUAACUUGUUAAAAUUAUGCCUUUAAGGCUCAAAUGAGAAUUUCCAAAUAGGACUUUUUUCUUGAAAGACUCCUGACCCAAACAGUAUUAAAUAACUAAAAAUUAAACAUAAUUAAAAAGUAAUCUGUGGUGACAGAGGUAAAAAUCACCUUGGGGAGUACUGACUGAGAAAGAGUAAAAGGUAAGCUGGACUUGGUUCUUCCUUGGUCUGGAUACUUUGUGAAAACUCAUUGAGCUGUCCUCGUAAUGUGUACUCACUGUAUGUAAAUUAUACCUCAAUAAAAAAAAUC